CAGCGCCGUCACCGUUUUUGAUGACGAUAGAGGACAACGCUGCUGCAGAGCUUGAGUGAGGCGUGUGCGUAUACGAGAAAUCGUCCGAAAAAUCCGUUCUCAGACACGAUCAGAGCUGAUCGUAAUAAUUGUAUAAAGCCAAGAAUCAAGUCAUUUCGCAUUCGACCGUUGUUUUUUUAUUCCGUUAACAUAAUAAGUUUACCUGCCGGGCGAUGAGAAAUUUACAAACACAAAUCGCUGCAGCGUUGCUGUUGACACUGACGUUCUUCUUCUCUCACGCUAUGCGACAUGAUUCAGAAUACAGUGACGAGUAUAAGCGAGAUAAUAACAGGGACAGGAGAGAAUCUGUUGCAGGAUUGAUACCAUUUCCUAGAGUUGGGAGGUCUGGUAUCAACUCUGCUUUACAAAUGGACAAUUUGUACGACACCCAACGAGAACUGAGAAGUCAUAAACGAGAAGGACUCAUACCAUUUCCAAGGAUUGGCAGAAGGAGUGACUCGAAGAACACAGCUCUCUGGUUCGGUCCUAGAUUAGGACGAUCGGUAGUGAUACCAGAAAAUUAUGAUAUGUCGUAUUUGGAUUCAGAUAUGCCAAUGAUCAUAAAGACGUUGAUCGAAAUGAAAAGCAAAAACAUUGGUGAUGAAGAUGACAAUCUAAUSUAACAUUAUGUUGUUUACUUUAAAAUUUAUUUUACUUUCCUUAAAAUAUUUACGUGAUCUAGCUAGUAGUGCGAUAGUAUAUGCAGCUGUAAAACUUAGUAUUUGAUACCUACCUACAGAUAUUUAUUUUGAAAUCAAAUUGUUAGUGUUGAUGUUAAUAAUAUAAUAGAUACAAUGAUGAAUGAA